AUGAUGACCAAUACUGAUCCUUGUAUUCCACCAUCUACAGCUCAUGCACCUCAGUUCUAUGCUGAUUUUGGGGCACCAAUCGCAUCUAAUACCAAUGAAAAUUUACCACCACCACCUGCCUAUACGGCUGUUGUAAUACCUUCAACAGGAAAUACUACGGAACAUACAAAACUUGUUACUAAUCCAUCAACUGUCGUCAAUGAACUUGUUAAUCAACGGUUUUCGCCCACCACUCAACGACAACUUAAUGCUCAACAAAUUGUUCGUAUAACUCAAUACAUAAACAAUCAAGAGAAAAUAGUGAAUGAUAAACUAGUUGUAGCCUUGUGCAUAUCUAUUGUUGGUAUUGCAGUUGGUAUAACUCUCAUUGCUUUGUAUAUCGUUUAUCAUAAAGAUUUAUGUGGUUACUAUCACACAAGUACUUCCUGUGUUCGUGUCUAUUCUGCAUUGAUUAUUGGAUGCAUAUCUAUUCUUGUGGGCAUUCUUCGUAUUACACUUUUUGGUAUAGCGAAAUCAAAAAUAAAUCGUGCAAAGAAAAUAUGGCAAGAAAAAGUAGCUCAAUUACAAUCAACAUCAUUGAAUGGUUAUUGA